UCAAGACCGCCUUCAUCAAGCCCUUCCAGUAUUAUUCGCCGGACUUCCUCAUUGGAUACACUCGCUGCUCCGUACCUUGCUGGACAGUGGCCUCGUGAUAAUCAUGGACAAGCUGCUCCAUGUAUGAGAGACAAAGCCACACAGACAGAAAGUGCCUGGGCUGAAGAAUAUUUAGAAAAGAAGAGCUCACACAAACGUUCAGCAUCAUGGGGCAGCAAUGAUCAACUGAAGGAGAUUGCAAAAUUGCGUCAACAAUUGCAGAGAAGCAAACACAGCAGUAGGCAUCAUCGUGAUAAAGAAAGACAGUCUCCAUUUCAUGGUAACCAUGCAGCCAUUAACCACAGUCAGGCUCCCAUCCCAAAGAGUGCUCUUGUUCCUGUGAUACCUAUUACCAAAUCAACAGGAUCACGAUUCCGAAACAGUGUAGAAGGACUGAAUCAGGAGAUUGAGAUAAUAAUUAAGGAGACGGGAGACAAAGAGGAACAGCUUGUUCCUCAAGAUAUUCCAGAUGGGCACCGUGCACCACCUCCGUUGGUUCAACGUAGUAGUAGUACUCGCAGCAUUGAUACCCAAACACCUGGUGGAGCAGACAGGGGUAGUAACAACAGCAGCCGCUCCCAGUCCAUAUCUCCAACCUCAUUUCUUACAAUCUCUAAUGAAGGCAGUGAAGAAAGUCCAUGUUCUACAGAUGAUCUUCUUGUUGAUUCCAGAGAUAAAGAGAAUGGGAAUAAUUCUCCCUUGCCAAAAUAUGCUACCUCACCAAAACCCAACAACAGCUACAUGUUCAAGCGUGAACCUCCAGAGGGCUGUGAAAAGGUGAAAGUCUUUGAGGAAAACUUGCCAAAGCCAUUGCAUGAAAUUCCAGCCUUCUACUGCCCUGACAAGAACAAAGUGAAUUUCAUUCCUAAAAGCGGCUCUGCUUUCUGUCUCGUCAGCAUCCUCAAGCCUCUCCUUCCCACACAGGAUCUGACACUUAAGGGCACUACACACAGCCUGACUGUCUCCUCUGGCAUGACACCCAGUUUGUUACAGCCCAUUUCUAUGGCCUCCUUGUCUACAAACUCAGAUCAAGAAAGGAUCUCUCGUGGAACAAGUACAGUAAUACCACAGACUUCUAUACUCCAGCAAUCAGGUCAUAUUGAGGAAGCUGAAGGAUAGAUUUAGAUUGUCUUGACAUUUUUCUGGGCAACUACUGGGAAAAAAAAAGUGGAACCAGUUGACUGGACCUUUCUGAUCACACUAUUGCAUUGUUUUAACAGUUUAUGGCACUGAACUGUUUGUAUAAUUGACAGUUUGGUAGCACAUUGAGAAAUUCAGGAGGAUGCAGCAGCUGAUACUCUGUUGCACUUUCUGCUUAUGGAGACUCUGGUUCUGUUUCUCUCCUGC